AUGCCCACCUUAAAGCAUGUCCAGAAGGUUUGGACCAAUUUUCUGAAAAAAGAGGGCUUCGAAGCCCACACGCUUUCUAGCCUCAGAUUGAUCUCCGCAUCGAAAGGGACCUGUGUAGCAGAGCUCAACGUUGCUUCUCAACACCUGAACCGACUCGGUGGUUGUCACGGCGGUCUCCUCAGCACCAUCGUUGAUGUGGGGGGUUCACUAGCCAUUGCUGCAAGUGAUAUGCACGCUACCGGUAUUUCUACAGAUCUCAAUGUUUCAUUCGUUUCCGGUGCCAAGCUUGGGGAUACUUUGUCCAUUAUUUCUCGAUGUCACAAAGUUGGAGGUUCUCUUGCGUACACAGAUGUAGAGAUCACAGUGGAUGAAAAGGUUAUUGCCCUUGGUCGCCACACCAAGUUCGUGCGAAUCGCCCAUAAAGCCAAUGCGCAGAAGAAAAUGGAUGGCGAGGAAUGA